AUGUCCCCGCUGAAGCCAAGGUACAAAACGGAGAAAAACCACAAGAGGACCAACGUACACACGACCACAGCAGAGAAAAAGACUACUGCUGCUACGAUGACGACGACAACAAAGAUGAUGACCAAGGCCAAGUGGACGUUGAAGUUCAAGACCAAGGAGGAGAACAGUGUCCCAAGAACUCACUGCCACGCCACCGAAGAGGACAAACCCGACCCAGAAAAGGACACGACAGACGCUGCUACUGCUGCUGCGUCCGCCGCCGCAGACGCCGCCACGCUGCUGCUACUACAGCGCCCGGGACCCACAGAGUACGCCGCGGAACACGUCCACGACAUAGUGUCUGCAUUUGGCCUGUUUGUCACGCGGCAAAUCAAAGACAUGGUUGUGGCCGCCACAAACCUCGAGGGUCAAAGGAGAUGUGCCACAGGCGGCAAGUGGAAAGCGAUGGACGUCACGGACCUGCGAGGCUACCUCGGGCUGCUGCUCCUCGCGGGCGUGUACCGGUCCCGCAACGAGGCCUUGGAGAGCCUGUGGCACGAGGAGAGUGGCAGGGCCAUUUUCCGCGCCACGAUGCCAAUCAAGCAGUUCCACGCGUACUCUAGACUGUUGCGAUUCGACGACCGCGAGUCAAGAGCUGCCCGCCGAGCCUCGGACAAACUGGCGGCCGUACGAGAGGUGUGGGACGAGUGGACGCGGCAGCUGCCUCGCCUCUACAACCCGGGCGCCGACGUGACGGUGGACGAGCAGCUGGUGCCCUUUCGAGGUCGCUGCGCCUUCCGCCAGUACAUGCCCAGCAAGCCAGCCCGGUACGGACUCAAGUCGUGGGUGGCCUGCGACGCCGGCUCCAGCUACGCGUGGCACAUGCAGCUCUACACGGGCAAGUCGGUGAGCGGCACGCCCGAGAAGAAUCUGGGCUCCCGCGUGUUGCUGGACGUGACCGAGGGCCUGAGGGGCCCACGUAACGUGACGUGCGACAACUUUUUCACCUCCUACGCGCUGGCCCAGCGGCUGCUCUCCGAGCGGCGCCUCACCGUGGUGGGCACGAUGCGCAAAAACAAGCCCGAGCUGCCGGGGGCGUUGCUCGCCACCAAGGACCGUGCGGUCUUCUUGUCCAAGUUUGCCUUCACGCCCGUCGCCACUCUGGUGUCCUACGUGCCCAAGAAGCACAGGAACGUGGUGCUGCUGAGCACGCUGCACACGGGGGAUGCGGGCGUCGGCGCCGGCAGGCAAGCCAAACCCAACAUUAUCCUCCACUACAACCACACCAAGGGCGGGGUGGACAACCUGGACAAGCUUGUGGGCACGUACAGCUGCCGCAGGAAGACAGCGCGCUGGCCCCUUGCUGUCUUCCACAACAUCCUCGACGUGUCCGCCUACAACGCCUUUGUGCUGUGGCGAGAGCUCAGGCCCGAGUGGAUGCGCUGCAAGCUCAACAAGAGGAGGGCGUUCCUCGAGCAGUUGGGAAGGGCACUUGUGAAUCCGCUCAUCGAGAGACGGAGGCGUCUGCCUCGCACAGAGGCGUCAGCCGCGCUUGUCAAAGCCGUCGUCACGGCGAGCAGGUCCUGUGCUGGUGGUGGUGGUGGUGGCGAUGGCGACAGCGGCGGCGGUGGCACAGUCACAAGGGGCCUAGAGGAGCAUGGGGAUUCUGAACCGGACACAUCGAGGGUGCAAAGCAAAAGGAAGCGGUGUCAGCUCUGUCCGGAGAGAAAGGACCGCAAAUCACACAUCGUUUGUGGUGGCUGCAAGAGAUACAUCUGUGGAAGCUGCACGCGGGCCUACUACUGUGCCGAGUGUGUUCGCCCGUAG